GAUCCGUGGACGAUGGCUUGAAUAUACAAGUGGGAUCUUCUCCUUUUCUCUUUAUGCGAUAGAAUCCUGAAUUCAUUCGUCUAAGAGCGGGAGGGAGGGAGAAGAGCAGCAGCCAUGGCGGCCGGCAAGUGCUCGUCAGUGAAGCAGCAGGAAGAAGAACAAAAACGCCCCAUUCGAGAAGAAGAACCCAUCAUCAGAGUUCCCACAGCGAAACCCCCCUUCACCCUAAGCGAAAUCAAGAAAGCGAUACCCCCCCAUUGCUUCCACCGCUCCGCCCUCCGCUCCUUCACCUUCAUCCUCCACGACCUCCUCAUCUCCACUUUCCUCUUCUUCCUCGCCCUUACGCUCCUCCCCUCCCUCCCCUCCCCUUACCCCGUCCUCCUCUGGCCCCUCUACUGGUUCGCUCAAGGCUGCACCCUCACCGGCCUCUGGGUCAUCGCUCACGAAUGCGGCCACCACGCUUUCUCCGAUUCUUCACUCCUGGACGACAUCGUCGGCUUCCUUCUCCACUCCUUGCUUCUCGUCCCCUACUUCUCAUGGAAAUACUCCCAUCGCCGGCAUCAUUCCAACACCGGAUCCCUCGAUCGCGACGAGGUCUUCGUCCCCAAACCCCGAUCAUCACUCCGCUGGUACUCCUCUUACCUCAACAACCCCCUCGGCCGCAUUGUUUCACUUAUCGUUACCCUAACCCUAGGUUGGCCGCUUUACCUCGCCUUCAACGCCUCCGGCCGCCGAUACCCUCGAUUCGCCUCCCAUUUUGAUCCAUACUCUCCAAUCUACAAUACCCGUGAGCGCGCGCAGAUUUUCCUCUCCGACGCCGGGAUCCUCGCGGCUCUGUACCUUCUCUACCGCAUCUCUGUCGCGUUUUCACUAUCAUGGAUCAUUCGCAUCUAUGGCGUUCCUCUUCUGAUCGUGAAUGCGUGGCUCGUGAUCAUCACCUACCUGCAGCACACUCACCCUGCCCUUCCGCACUACAAUUCCGAAGAAUGGGAUUGGCUUCGCGGCGCACUGGCGACUGUGGAUCGCGAUUACGGGUUCUUGAACCGUGUAUUUCAUAACAUUACUGAUACUCAUGUGGCGCACCAUCUGUUCUCGACCAUGCCGCACUACCACGCCAUGGAGGCGACGGAAUCCAUUAGACCGGUGCUGGGUAUGUAUUACAGGCGUGAUGACACCCCGGUUCUGAAGGCGCUGUGGAGGGAGGUGAAGGAAUGCGUUUAUGUGGAGGAGGAGGAGGAGGUGGUGGUGGGGAAGAAGAACGGGGUCUUCUGGUACUCCAACAAGCUUUGAUUAAGGUUUGGAGGAGAUGAUUUUGAUAGUGGUGAUUGAAGCUGUUGGCUUCGGCUUGUUCUCUGUGGGAGAUUACAGAGCUGUUGCAGGUGAUGAGUUCUGCUCUUUUUUGCCUAUGGUAAUUGAGUUUUUUUUUUUUUU